AUGGCGAGCAGCACGGGAGCCACGUCGGAUUAUUGCCAGAUACUUGCGCAGUUCUCCCCAGAAGCGGGCGGAAGCCUUGCCAGGCGCGGCUGCGGCGGCAUGGCCGCCGAGUCGCAGAUACCCCCCCUGGGCUUCAGGACGUACUGCGAGAGGAACCUCCACCUGGUGCACUGCCCACCGGAUGAAGCCGAGCGGUGGCUCAAGAAACAUGAGCAGGUGCCAGACAUCCCCAUGUCCAACGCGACCUGGCUUGCAUCUCUUGGUGGAAUGACACCAGUUGUGGAGGUGGCCCCACCUCUAGAUGAGGAAUAUGCAAGAGGACUAAAUGGCCAUGGACAGCUUCCACCAUCAAAUGACCUCGAUGGCCAGCCUUGGUGGCAACAGGUCUGGAGUGUGAUGACCAGCAAGAACCUUUUUCAAUGGCUUUGGAAGUGGUACAGUGGUAGCCCUCUUGAGGACAUUCCACUGCAGAAUCCCCUGAACCUCAUCGCCUGGCACAGCACACAACCAGUUGUCGCAGUGGGAGCCGACGUUGACAGGGUGAUUCUGUAUCAUCUGGCUGAAAACAGGUCAGACAGGAGCCUGGAGUGGACCUCCGUGGCCGUGCUGCAAGCGCAGCUGCAGCGCAAGCUAUGCUGUGUGGCCUUCCGCCCUGGAGCUGGGAGCGACAUCGCUGUGGGCUGCUCUGGGGGCGUCGCACUGUGGAGGAGUGCUCUGAACCCAAACUCCCGCAUGCGGUUUCUUCAGGCCCCUGGCAGUGGCCCCAUCGAGUGCCUGAGCUGGCACCCAUCCGGCCGAUUGCUUGCGGGUGCCGGCCCAGGUGCUGCGGGCUUCACUGUGUGGGACGCGUCUGUGUGUGUUGGCACAACGAUCAGCCAUGGGAUGGAACGCAUCCUUGUUAUGAGCUGGUCACCAUGCGGGAACUACUUCGUGACAGGUGGUCCCACAAGUUGCUUCCACAUGUGGGAGACACACAACUGGACAUGCACCCAAUGGGACACCAAGCAACAGGGGAGCCUGGUAGCAGCAGAGUGGGGCUCCGACUCGAUGUUGCUGUUGGCCUUCAGUGCCACAUCUGUGCUGUGGGCACUCACACUGGUGGCGCCGCCUCCCCUUUUGGACACAGAAUGGUUCGAACUCAGUCCAAAGGAGCUUGCAUCUCCCGAAGAAAGUCGAUCUCCUAUCCGUGGAGCAAUGAGUGCCUCAAAGUGCAUAGAGUCAAUGGCAUGGGACAGCAAACACAGGCGCCUGGUGGUAGCCCUGAAACAACCCCACCCCGCAGCAGGAUGCAUCGCUGUGUAUGACACUACGGCGACACGGCGUUUGAAUGCUGCAUUCUUGGGAUACGCCAGAGUGCUUGAAGUCCGCCCAGGCACAAGGUUGCCCACAUCCCUGCGCUUCCAACAGCACAGGUCUUCUGGCGCUCUUCUGGCGGUCCACUCAGACGACCAAGUGAGAUUCUUGCUGUUGCAAUUCGACAAGUGA